UCAUCCGUCUGUUCCUUUACUCAGAAAAAAAGUCCAGGAAAAUGCCUUUUUCAAUAAAGAGAUUCACCAUUCGUAGAAGCACCAGUCUUCCAGGAGGAACGAAAGCGGUCAAUGGAAGAAAGCUCACCCUUACCGAAAUUAGAGAACAAGUGACCUUGCCUGUGGAAAGAAAGGAAAAGAAAUACGAACAGGUGGAAGACAGAAAGAUAAUGCAAAAUCAAACACCCAAUAUGACAUCGAGUAGAUCUUUAGAUGUUUCGGAACUCAGAAGGCUAGGAUAUAUAGAAUUACCACCUGCGCCAGGAAAUCCCGAUUCUGGACAGGAGGUGGUCCUACGAAGAAAUCGAUUGCCACACGGUAUGCAUGGUAGUGCUGUGGUGGCUGUGAGAGAUCGUCAAAAUGCCACCCUGCCUGGUAGAUGGAGAAGUAGUGGUGGACACCAAGUCACUAGCACGCUUACCGAUGCCAGAGGAGUUGUUUAUGGUGAUCAAGUUGUUGGAGCCGAAUUCAGGAGAGUUGUGGUGCGCAGAAAUGGUGUAAGAUUUCAAGGUAAGUACUUUAUAAUUCAUAUUAUGAUAGAAACCAUCUGCAAGAGAAAAAUUACGAUUAUGACUAUUCAUUCUUUGCCAACAAAAAUUUACGUUACUCUGAAAGAAAUAGAACUCUAUAAAUUACUUGCAUUCACUCUGUUGAUUGGAUAA